GGGAAGAAGGAAGCAUUAGUUCAGUUGGCAGAAGAUGGUUGAGAAGUAAAGGUGUGAAUGGUGUGUAUUGAGCUAUUUAGCCACGUGUGUCACGUUUAACCUGUGUGAAUCUGUUGUAUAACUACAGUUGGGAAAAACUACAGGUUUACACAAGAGAUAUGAAGCUGCAGUUAAAACCUUUGCUACUAGGUGUUGCAGUGGUGGCUAUAACAUGCAUGACCAUCAUUGCUCUAAUUCUUACCCUUGUUCAUCGCCAGAGCGCAGAACUGUCAUACUCAACGCAGUAUGGGAUGGUGUUUGAUGCAGGUUCCUCACACACAGCGCUCUUCCUGUAUCAGUGGCCAGGGAACAAAGAAAAUGACACAGGAAUUGUCUCUCAGACUCUUACCUGUGAUGUAAAAGGUGAUGGUAUAUCCAGCUAUGUGGCAAAUCCUUCUGGUGCUGGACAAAGCUUAAGAGAAUGCUUAGAUAUUGCAACGGCAACAGUCCCUGCAAGUCAGUAUAGUAAAACACCGGUCUACCUGGGAGCAACAGCAGGCAUGAGACUUCUUAGUUUACAAAACAAAACUCAGUCGGAAGAAAUACUUAAGGAGGUGACCAAAACUAUGCAGAGCUAUCCCUUCGAUUUUCGUGGUGCAAGAAUUAUCACUGGUAUGGAGGAGGGUGCCUAUGGCUGGAUCACUAUCAAUUAUCUUUUAGAGGGCUUUAUUAAGUAUGCAUUUGAUGGUAAAUGGAUUCACCCUAAAGCUGGGACUAUAUUAGGAGCUCUGGAUUUAGGUGGUGCAUCCACACAGAUUUCCUUCAUACCAAAAGAUCCAGUCAAAGACCCACAGUUGGCUUUUGACCUCCAGCUUUAUAGCUACAGGUAUAAGUUGUACUCACACAGUUACCUGUGCUAUGGCAAAGAUCAAGCCUUGAGGAAACUCCAGGCAUAUCUUCAGAAUACUUCUAGACCCUCUUCUACUGUCGACAAUCCUUGCUACCACAAGGGUUACAAUCUGACAUUAAAGCUGGGGGACAUUUACGAAUCUCCUUGUGUGGUUAAGCCAACCCCUUAUGACCCCUUAGUGCAGAUCACUUUCUUAGGGACUGGUGAUUCUGCACUUUGUACGUCACUGAUAGAGAAGGUUGUAGAUGUGACAAACUGUUCUCUUUACCCAGACUGUGGCUUUAAUGGAGUUUACCAACCUCCAGUCAAUGGAGAAUUUUUUGCUUUUUCUGCAUACUUCUAUACCUUUGACUUCCUUGGUCUUGCACCAAGGGCUUCGUUGUUUCAUGUAUUUUCCACUAUUGCCUCUUACUGCAACAAAACCUGGGAGACACUUGUGACAGAAUAUCCAAAAGUGAAAGAGAAGUACCUCAGAGAUUACUGCUUUUCAGCCAAUUAUAUCAUGGUUAUUCUCCUUAAAGGAUAUAAAUUUGAAUCAAACUGGGAUAAAAUCUCUUUUCAAAAACAGGUGGCGGACACUGACAUAGGUUGGACUCUGGGAUAUAUGCUGAACCUGACUAAUAUGAUACCCUCUGACCGCCCUCUAGUGGUAACAGGGGUACAGAACAGUCAGUGGGCAGCAGAGGUCUUCUUCAUAGUUUUUAUACUUUUUCUCAGUUUAAUUAUUCUUGGCAUUCUCUGUGUAUGGGGUCCAACCUCAUAAAGACACUUGUUGUGUA